UAACCCCUACGCUUCUCUCUCCGCAAUUACUCCUUGAGAGCAUCUCUCUCUAGAAUAUUGAGUAUUGCUGACUUGAGCGUUGGAGUGUUUUCCCCGAGGAAACAACCUCGGGUGUUUCCUCGGGAUUUCCAGGUGUAGAAGCAGCUAAGGACUUCAACAGUGUUGGAUCGUGAAGCUGCCCAAACAUUUGGCACCGUCUGUGGGAACUCAAACGAGAAGUUGUGGAGCUUAACCCGCUGAAAUAGAAAAUGGUUCGUACUUUUACAAGAGGUCACCCUCCGAGAAAUGAAGUGGACGAACAGGAGGAUGCCCAAGUAUCUGAGCCCGGCUUGAAUGACUUUAGGCCAAUGCCUAGGAACCUUUUCGUCAGGGGAGCGGAACAGGAUCACUUAAUUGAAACGGAUGAUGAUGAAAGAACACCAACAGGGUAUGCAACUCAGCCCGAACACUUCCAAGUCCCAACAGGAACGAGACAAAGACAACCCAGGCAAAACAAUUCACAGCACGAACGACCUGAAAGGUCAACAGAACCUGCUCGGACGACCAAGCUUGAAGAGAGAACCAGAGUUCUCGAAAUGGCAAUGGGUAAAAUCCUUGCCCGUCUGAUUCCUAAUGACCCCCUGAUUCCUUUGUUGAACAGGGAUGCACAACCGGCUACGGUUGUUGCAACUCGAAACUCCCCCGCUCUAAGCAACAUAGUAGUGCCAACCAAGCCAAGGGGAAGUAGGAGACUAAAUAACGAGCCCAGCUCGUCCAGACACAAUGAAGAGCUGAUGAGAAAGAAUGCAAACCUAGAGAGGCCGCUACGAGAUGUACAAAAAUCCAUCGACGUGCUGAAAAGUCCCAGGUCGCAUCAGCAAACUCUUGAUUUGGAUAGCGCCCCACUGAACCUAUCCAUCACAGCGGAACCAUAUCAAGAGGAGUUCAAAAUUCCCCAUCUAGAGACGUAUGAUGGCUCGGGUGACCCAAACGAGCACCUGCAUACCUAUCAGGCCAUCAUGAGGAUCCAAAAUGCCAAUGAUGCCAUGAUGUGCAAAGUGUUCCCAGCGACACUAAAGUCGACGGCCAGGAGAUGGUAUCAUAAACUCCCCAGACACUCUAUAGACUCGUACUCCCAGCUCGCCAAGCUAUUCUCUAAUAAAUUUGCGAGCCAAAGGGAGAUUAAACGUACAGCGACCGAACUAAUGUCGGUAAGCUUCAUAUUAUCCGAAGAUUUUCAAUCUUCUAAGAGACGAGCUGAUGAUAAGCAAGGAAAAGAGUCCAAGCAGCCUGAAAAUAGAGAUGACAAAAAGAAACAGAAGCAUUGGGUCAAGAGACCCCCCCCACAAACACAUGAUUCUUCACGAGCUGACAGAAGCAAAUACUGCGACUAUCAUCGUGUCUACGGCCAUAACACAGAAGACUGUCAGAGUCUGAAGGACGAGCUCGAAUUCUUGGCUUGCAAUGGAAAAUUGGAGGGGUACGUGCAGAAGCCUUUUGUUCAGCAACCCACCCAGACUCACUUUGUACAAGAGUAUGGCCGAUCUCAAGCACCUGAAUAUCAGCUCAGUGGCAAUCCAAAUUCUUACCAGGCAGGUCUGUACUCAUCUGAGUUGAACAGAUCAUACAAGCGACGCCCGUUCAAUAGGCGUGGGCAAGGGCAGAAAGCACCUACACAGAACCAAAAGGACCACAGAGGGGUUGGGUAUGGUGGAAUACCCCCGCCAUCUGGCACAAUCAAUAUGAUCUCUGGUGUUAGCUUCCUAGUCGUCAAAAUGGAGUCAGCCUUCAACGUCAUAUUAGGAAGGGCUACUUUGUGUGAGCUGAAGGCUAUUAUCUCACAGCCCCAUCUCUGCAUGAAAUUCCCAACACCCAGGGGACCUGAGGGUGUCGAGCAGAAAGCAAAGCCGGUAAAGCCGGUAGAAACAGUUCCUUUAAACCCUGAUGUGCCGGAAAGAACAGUCAAGAUCGACACCAAACUCACAGAAGAAGAACGAGUAGAGCUUUUGGAAUUUUUGCGUGUCAAUCAAGACGUGUUUGCGUGGACUACGGACGAAAUGCAUGGCAUCCCAGUGGAGUUGACAGUUCACAAGCUCAGCACGGACCCCACCAGAAGAAGAGUGGAGUACUUUGAAUGGGUGUCCAACCCUGUGCUCGUAAAGAAACCAAGUGGUAAGUGGAGGAUGUGUAUCGACUUCACCAAUCUAAAUGAUGCGUGUCCAAAAGACCCUCAUCCCUUACCAAAUGUCGAGAAGCUAAUAGAGCGAGCAGCCGAACACGAACGGAUGAGCUUUCUUGAUGCCAGUUCGGGUUAUCACCAGGUCCAGCUGUUGUUAAACGACCAGGAAAAAACAGCUUUCUACACUGGUGACGCAAUCUAUUGCUAUGUGAUGAUGCCUUUUGGCCUGAAAAAUGCUGUCACCAGUGUACGAGCUGAAGAUCACAUAGGCGACUUGAGUGAAACCUUUCAAAACUUGCGCCGAGCCCAAAUGAAGCUAAAUCCCCUUAAAUGCACAUUUGCUGUGGAGUCAAGAAAAUUCCUAGGGUACGUGGUAUCCAAGAAAGGAAUUGAAGUAAACCCAAAGAAGGUUCAGGCCAUUCAGCAGAUGGAGCCACCCAAGACUAUCAAAGAUGUGCAGCGUUUGACGGGCCGUGUCACUACACUGCAUAGAUUCAUAGCCAGGGGAGAGUUUGUAUCUAUACCUGGGGGUUACAAAAGAGACGUGCGUAAGCUAAGAGCUUACUUUCAAUCUCAUCAAAUUGUUGUUUAUACUGAUUUGCCGUUGAGGAAGAUAUUGCAAAAACCAGAACUCUCUGGUCAGCUUAUCGGGUGGAGCAUCGAGCUGAGCGAGUAUGACUUCAAAUUUCAGCCGCGCACAACCAUCAAGGGCCAGGCGGUGGCAAACUUCCUAGUGGAGUGUACAAUGGCAACUGUGGAAGAGAAGGCACUCGAACACCCUGUCUGGGUUUUGUAUGUUGAUGAAGCUACUAAUGUGGAAGGGUCGGGUGCCGGGGCUGUGUUAGUGGGCCCGUAUGGUUUUAAAUCCAAACACGCACUGAAAUUCAAGUUUCAAACGACUAAUAAUGCUGCAGAAUAUGAAGCCCUCAUUUAUGGGUUGAAGCUAGCGUCCGAGCUGAAGAUAGAUAGAAUUCAGGUUUUUAGCGACUCUCAACUCGUCGUGGGCCAGAUCGACAAAAUACCCAGAGCAGAUAACCAACAAGCUGACGAGCUAUCAAGGUUAGCCUCCUCGCAAGAGACCAACCCUCAUAGGUCAACAACAAUGGAGGUACUUGGUGCUCCGAGCUACACCGAUUUCACAGUUGAGUGUCAGCUGCUCAGCACAAAUCCCUCUUCACCGAGCUGGACAACCCCACUAAUAAAUUAUCUGCAAAGUGGCGAGCUGCCUGAAGAUCCGUCCGCUGCAAAGCUGAUUAAGCGCAGGGCGGCACAUUUCACUUUGUUAGAUAAUCAGCUCUACAAACGAGCAACCUCAAUGCCCCUAUUACGCUGCCUUACUCCUUAUGAAGUUGAAUACGUUGUCAGAGAAGUUCAUGAAGGAGUAUGUGGCACAAACAUAGGUGGUAAGACUUUAGCUCGGAAACUCCUGAGGCAUGGGUACUAUUGGCCUACUAUGGUUAAAAACGCACAGAGCUAUGUUAAAAAGUGCCCGACCUACCAGUUCAAUGCUGAUGAAAUUCACAUGCCAAGAGAAAUGCUCUCAUCACUCUCAUCUCCUUGGCCUUUCACUCAAUGGGGAGUCGACCUGCUCGGCCCUUUUGUGAAAGGCAAAGGAGGAUGCAUUUACCUUGUUGUCGCGGUGGAUUACUUCACCAAAUGGAUAGAAGCUAAACCGUUAUCCACGACAACAGAAAAGAAAAUCGAGGAAUUCUUGUUCAAUUCAAUUCUGUGCAGGUUUGGUAUACCUAAGCGGAUCAUUGCUGACAAUGGGCCACAGUUCCGAGCAAUAGCACUGAGGUCGUUUUGUAAUGACUAUGGCAUUGAGCUCGCCCUGACAUCCGUGUAUACUCCGCAGUCAAACGGACAAGCUGAGUCUGCUAAUAAAAUUGUUUUACGAGGCCUCAAGGUGCGUGUUUUAGCUUCACGUUGUAAUUGGGUUGACGAGCUGAAUAAAGUGCUUUGGUCAUGCCGCACUACGCUUAGCUCGGCUACGGGCCAAACCCCAUUCAGCUUGGUGUAUAGAGCUGAGGCCGUCAUCCCAGUAGAGAUCGGGUUACCGUCUAAAAGAGCAGAUCUGCACGACGAUCCUAACAACGAGCAGCUACUGAGAGAGAAAUUAGACCUAGUGGAGGAAGUUAGGGAAAUGUCUCGAAUAAGAAACAUGGCGCACUAGAGUCGUGUUGCAAAAUUUUAUAAUAAAAGAGUUUGAGCUCA